AUGAAAAAAUAUUCGAAUAACAUACUCAUUCGUAAAGAUAAACAAAAUUACUUCGAAAAGUGGCAGAUCUUUAGAGGGUGGAAUUACGGAUGUAAGCAUUCUCGUUAUGCUCAAGAGGCUUUAAUCCAUGUGAACAAAUACCAUUUCAAGUUGUACAAAAUCCUGAUACGUGACUAUGUGAAUACUCUAUAUCGAGGAUCAAAAACAAAAUAUAAUGAUAAAUCUCCAAAAUUUAAGAUUUUUACUAUUCGGAAUUUUAUAGUUGUGCUUCACAAUAUCAUGCAUACACAUGAAUAUUUUAAUCGAAGGCAUAGUGAAUGGAGUAUUAUAGGAUUUCUAAAUGAAAGUGACGAAGAAUCGUUCCAACUGAAGAUCGGUGUCUAUUUAAAAAAUCUCAAGAACAUUAUUAACCAUGAACAAGGGGCGAGGCGUGACAAAGCACAGCUUCUCUAUGAUAAUUAUAAAAAGGCAAAUAAAAGCUUUUUUAUUGGAAAUGUAGGUUGGGAGUAA